UCAUUUUAGGGCUUUGUCCCUCUUCAAUUCUGUAACUGUCUAUAUCCUUCCUUCCUCUUCCCUUCCCUUCCCUUCCCUUCCCUUCCUCUCUCUUUCUUUUUCCCUUUUUCUCUGCAACUCUCUUCCAUACUUUUUUGCCUUUCCCCUCUUCCUCCGAAGAACGGCGGAGAAAAAUCUUCCUUUUUUUCCGUCGUUCUUAUCGGAAUCUUAACCUAUUCAAUUCCGGCUACCGCCUUGAUUCUGACAGGUUAGUCGCUAGUUGCCUGGAAUCCACCCCCCCUCCGGAUUCUUUUAUAAUUACUACUUCUAAGAAGUUGUUUGUGAGAAUGAGAAUAAAAGAGGGAAGAUCAAAUUUUGCUUAAGGUUGCUUCAAUUUUUUAGGUCUGGGUGGAUUUUAUUGUUUUUCUUUUGCCAGUUGGUGAAAGAGGAAGAAGAAACAAUAAGAAGAAGAAGAAUGGGGGACAGAGAUAGGUCGGGGGGGUUGGGAAGUUUGAAGUCUGUGUUGUUUGUAGCAGCUAUUCUUGCAGCCACGGUGAUUCAAGACGUGGUUUAUGCGGAAGAGAAAGUGAAUCGAAACGCUUAUGCGGCGAUGAUGUAUAUGGGAACACCAAGGGAUUACGAGUUCUAUGUUGCGACUCGUGUGAUGCUCAGAUCGUUGGCGAAGCUUCAGGUCGAUGCCGAUCUCGUUGUCAUUGCCUCACUCGACGUUCCGGUCUCAUGGGUUCAGGCUAUGGAACAGGAAGAUGGAAUAAAAGUGAAGAGGGUAGAGAACCUGCAUAACCCAUACCAGUCAGAAGACAGCCAUGAUAGGUUUAAGUUGACGAUGAACAAGUUCUAUGCUUGGAGUCUAGUGGAUUAUGAUAGGGUGGUCAUGCUUGAUGCUGAUAAUCUCAUUCUCCAAAAGACAGAUGAACUGUUCCAAUGUGGUCAAUUCUGUGCUGUCUUCAUCAACCCUUGUAUCUUCCACACUGGCCUCUUUGUGUUACAGCCAUCAAAUGAGGUGUUCAAGGACAUGCUUCAUGAGUUGGACAUUAAACGUCACAACCCAGAUGGUGCAGAUCAGGGUUUCCUGGGUAGCUACUUCCCGGACUUGCUUGACCGUCCAAUGUUCCAUCCACCUUCUAAUGGCACCAAGCUUGAGGGCAUAUACAGACUACCGCUGGGAUACCAGAUGGAUGCUUCAUAUUACUAUCUGAAGCUCCGAUGGAAUGUACCCUGCGGUCCUAACAGUGUCAUCACAUUCCCUAGUGCUCCAUGGCUAAAGCCAUGGUACUGGUGGUCAUGGCCAGUCCUCCCGUUGGGCUUUCAAUGGCAUGAGCAACGCCGACAAACACUCGGAUACAAUGACGAGGUGCCCAUGGUUUUGAUCCUGUCAACUAUGUACCUAGCAGUGAUGGCACUGACCCGACUUGCACGUCCAAAUCUGUCCAAGUUUUGCUACAGAAAAUCAGACAAGAGUCUCACCUUGCAAACGGGAGUGAAGAUGGCCGUCGUGUUGUCUAUCCUAGCUGCCUACACAAUCCCCUUCUUUGUUAUACCAUGUACAGUGCACCCAAUUGUAGGCUGGACGACAUACUUUUUUGGCUGUGCGGUGCUUGCAUCAUUAGUAAUACAUUCCUUCCAGUUGCCAGCACUUGCAGUAUUGACGCCCGCUUUGGGGAUUGCUGGUGUACUUUUUGUCAUGGCAUACCCUGGGUACAAAGAUGGGAUUGUGCGAGCCCUUGCUGUGUUCUCCUAUGCCUUCUGUUUUGCUCCAGUCCUUUGUGUAUCACUGGCAAAAGUGGCGGCCAGUUUGCCAGUCUCAAUUGAAAGAGAAUUUACUUUGCCAAGAGUAGGAGAAUCUCAACAGCCAUCUGGAUUUUUCAAGUUGUAUUGAGCCACAAAAUCAGCUACCUCUCAGAAGAUUGACCUCUCAGUUCAACCAGACACUUUGAAAUUUCAGCCUUUCUGUACAUUUGCCCAGAAUAUGAUUUGGGUUGUCAUCUUACAGUACAAUCAAACCACACAAAGGCAAAAAACCAACAACUGGUGCGGAGGAGCAGAACGCAUGAUUAUUUUUUGUAAAGAAGAAUAGAAACAAAAUGAUAUUGUAUUCAAAGAAAGCCUAGCUGAGAUUGAAUCAGUGGUAGAAAGGCAUUUUGGUCAGACACUCUGGCAUUCUUGAGUAGUAAAACAUUUCUGGGUUAUAAUCCCAUUUCUACAA